AUGGUGGCCUCAACAAAUGGUUCUACUUCUUCUGGUUUAUGGACCCAGUGCAACGCUUUGUUCAGAAAGAAUUUGACCUUUCAGAAAAGGAAUAUGAGGGCAAAUCUGAGGCUCAUAUUAUUCCCAGUCUUCCUCUGUUUGUUACUUGUAUUACUACAAGAAAAAGUCAACAUGGAACUAAAUAAAUCCUCCUUAAAAUGUGGCUGCAUUUGUAUUGAUCAAGAUGGGGAUGGUGAAUGCGAGAAAGUGUGUGGAAUUGAGUACUCAGAUAUGGAGCAAGUGGGUACUUGUUCCAUUCCAAGUCCACCUGAAUGGCCUCCGUUAUUACAAGUACCAGCUCCACAGUAUCGAGCGGUGAGAACUGAUCAUUUGCUUUCAUUUGGAGAUUUGCCUAAUGACUCCUGCAUAAGUACAGGUUCAUGUCCUAUCACUGUACUUAUGACUGGGAAUAACCAAUCUUUUGGAGAGAGUUUGGCUAGAAAUAUGUUCUCAAGUUCAUUCAAUUAUAACUCAUCCAAUGGCCCGGCUGAUGUUGUAUUGGGGACAACUGCUCACACUAAGAAAUCAAGCUUUCUUGAGUUAUCUUUCUUCUCGGGUCUUCCGGUCUACUAUCUUCAAUCUCAAUGCCGAGCCAACUCCACUUUUUCUAUUUCGGUCCCACUAGCAUCCAUGACAGUGGAGAAAGAAAUUGGAUGCAUUCAAUGUCGACAUUUAUGGCGCAACAGCUCUUCUGAUAUUAACAAUGAGCUAUAUGUGGGAUACAAGAAUGGAAACUCUCUGAAGAAAAUAAAUGAAAUAUUAGCAGGCUAUGAUUUCUUGAAUUCAAAUAUCAGUAAUUAUAAUGUGACGAUAUUGUACAACUCUACGUACAAGAAAGAUGCAGGAAAUGGUCCUAUUAGACUGGUCCGGGUUCCUCGGUCAAUAAAUUUGGUCUCAAAUGCUUUUCUACAACUUUUAGUUGGGCCAACCACACAAAUGUUGUUUGAUUUCAUAAAAGAGAUGCCCAAACCUGAAACUGAACGCAAGUUGGACUUCUCUUCUCUCCUUGGGCCAUUAUUCUUUACAUGGGUCAUUUUGCAACUAUUCCCUAUUGUACUAACAGCUCUGGUGUAUGAGAAGCAACAAAACUUAAGGAUCAUGAUGAAAAUGCAUGGGCUUGGAGAUGGCCCAUAUUGGAUGAUUUCUUAUACAUACUUCCUUGCCAUAUCUCUGGUUUACAUUUUAUGUUUUGUGGUCUUUGGCUCAUUUGUAGGGUUAAAGUUUUUCACAUUGAAUGACUACAGCAUCCAGUUUGUGUUCUAUUUCAUCUACAUAAACUUACAAAUUUCUCUGGCGUUUCUAGUAGCUGCUCUUUUCUCUAAUGUGAAGACUGUUGCAGUUGUAGGGUACAUUACUGUCUUUGCAACUGGUAUCUUAGGAGGAUUCUUCUUCCAGUUCUUCCUUCAAGAUACAUCACUCCCAAGAGUUUGGAUUGUGGUGAUGGAGUUAUAUCCAGGGUUUUCUCUAUAUGGUGGAUUAUACGAGUUUUCACAAUACGCAUUUACUGGAAACUAUAUGGGGGCUCAUGGAAUGCGUUGGGGAGAUUUAAGUGACAACAAUAAUGGGAUGGGUCAUGUCCUAAUAAUUAUGACAGUGGAAUGGGUGGUGGUUUUCUUUAUUGCCUACUAUAUUGACCAGGUUUUAACAUCGGGAAGUGGUGCCCGAAAAAGUCCACUUUUUUUCUUGCAUAACCUCAAAAGUAAUCCCUCAAAAUCAUUCAGAAAUCCCUUGUCAUCAUUUAGGCUACCAAGUUUACAAAUGAAGGGCUCAAAAGUAUAUAUAGAGCUGGAGAAACCUGAUAUUGUCCAAGAGAAAGAAAGGGUCGAGUUGUCACUACUUAAACAAGACAAAAGCCAUGCUAUUGUAUGUGAUAACCUCAAAAAGGUGUAUCCUGGAAGGGAUGGAAACCCUGAGAAGAUUGCAGUUAGAGGGUUGUCACUUGCAUUAUCUACAGGAGAGUGCUUUGGUAUGCUUGGUCCAAAUGGUGCUGGCAAAACUUCCUUCGUAAAUAUGAUGAUUGGACUUGUUAAGCCAAGCUCUGGCACAGGAUAUGUUCAUGGUCUUGAUAUAAGAAGUGACAUGGAUGGGAUUUAUGCCAACAUGGGUGUAUGCCCUCAGCAUGACCUGUUGUGGGAAACCCUAACAGGGAGGGAGCAUCUUCUUUUUUAUGGAAGGCUUAAGAACCUUAAAUGUACCGUCUUGACACAAGCGGUUGAAGAAUCUCUUAGAAGCGUGAAUUUAUUGAAUGGUGGGAUUGCAGACAAGCAAGUCAGGAAGUACAGUGGAGGCAUGAAGAGGAGGCUCAGUGUUGCCAUUUCAUUGAUUGGAGAUCCAAAGGUGGUGUACAUGGAUGAGCCCAGUACUGGGCUCGACCCAGCUUCAAGAAAAAAUCUAUGGAAUAUGGUGAAACGGGCUAAACAAAAUUGCGCAAUUAUUCUCACCACGCAUUCUAUGGAGGAAGCAGAGAAUCUAUGUGACCGCUUAGGGAUUUUUGUAGAUGGCAGGUUGCAGUGUGUCGGAAACCCUAAAGAGUUAAAGGGUAGGUAUGGAGGUUCAUACGUGUUCACAAUGACAACAUCUUCAAAUCAUGAGGCCGAUGUAGAAAACAUAGUAAAGGGUCUCUCGCCCUACGCUAAAAAGAUAUAUAACAUAUCAGGGACACAGAAGUUUGAGUUGCCAAAAGAAGCCAUCAAAAUAGCAGAUGUUUUCCGUGCUGUCGAAAAUGCUAAAAGCAGGUUUGUCGUUCAAGCAUGGGGAAUUUCAGACACUACUCUAGAGGAUGUGUUCAUCAAAGUGGCUCGAGAGGCUCAACCAUUCGAUGUUCUCUCAUGAUAACUUCCGUUGAAGAUCAUAAGUUUGAAUCUUUAUGUUCUCUUAUGUAUCCCGACAUAAGUGUUUCGAUUUGUAAUAAACUGGAUUUUCAUCAAUCAUUGUAGCUGUAUCUCUCCCUAUUUUCUCUCAAGGCAGACAAGGAAUUGUGGGUA